UUGGAAAGAGGGGACAGAUAGAAAGAGGGAGCGUGUGUUUAUGUCUCAGUGUGUGACAAAUAAGAGGGAAAAGGUAGCGCUGGUGCACACAACAAAGCGUCCGACUGACUGAAGCAUUUAGAGCGCAGAUAUCCGAAGAAGAGGUCUACUUCCAGGGAUGACAACACAGCAGAGGAUCUACUUUCAAUUCACGCUCUCUUUAAACUGAAAGUUUUGCUCGUCGUCGACGGAAGGACAUUUGCUUUCAAGUUUUCACCGAACCAAAGUGUUUGCCUGCAAAAUGCAGCGACCAGGCGGGCAAGGGACGGCGUUUUCAAUCGAUUCCCUGAUAGGGACCCCUCAGCCCAGACCGGGACACCUGCUCUACACGGGCUAUCCUAUGUUCAUGCCGUACAGACCUUUGGUUAUCCCACAAGCUUUAUCCCAUUCCCCUUUAUCGUCUGGUAUACCUCCACUCGCGCCAUUGGCUUCUUUUGCGGGACGACUCACCAACACGUUCUGUGCCAGUUUGGGACAGGGGGUGCCGUCCAUGGUUGCGCUCACAACAACGAUGCCAAGUUUCUCGGAUCCCCCGGACAGUUUCUAUCCACCACAAGAGCUGCCUGGUCCACGUUUAAGCGCUGCCGACCCGGGAGCAAGAAGGCAAGAAAGCCCACACUCCGAGGAGCUGCACAGCCGGGAGAAGAGCUCUGAGAUGCUCAACUUCUCGGAAACUUUUCAGACAAUAUCAGGCGAGACCAAACUCUACAGUUCAGACGACGAGAAGCUGGACCUAAAAUCAGCAGACACAGUUUGCAGCGACCGAGAGGACAGCUCCGCGGACAGCGAGAACGAAAGUUUCUCGGACGGCAACAACUGCGGCGCCCUGUCCCAGAAGAGCAAACUAAAAACGGGCUCGCAGGAGGCGCUACCGACCGGCAGCUCAGCAGGGAAGAGCCGGAGGAGACGAACAGCUUUUACCAGCGAGCAGCUGCUCGAACUCGAAAAGGAGUUUCACUGUAAAAAAUACCUUUCUCUGACUGAACGCUCCCAGAUCGCACACGCACUCAAACUGAGCGAGGUGCAGGUGAAGAUCUGGUUUCAGAACCGUAGGGCCAAGUGGAAACGGAUCAAAGCGGGCAACGUCAACAACCGGUCGGGAGAACCGGUGAGAAAUCCCAAAAUUGUGGUCCCCAUCCCGGUGCACGUCAACAGGUUCGCUGUGAGGAGUCAGCAUCAACAAAUAGAGCAAGGGACCAGGCCAUGAACUCAGAUGAAAAUCAAAAAAAGAAUAUUAUUAGAAACACUUGACUCUAGGUUCCACUGAUUUGUUGAACGCAUGAAGCACAAAAAGGAUGAUCCAAUUAUUUUGUCUGAGGGAGAAGAGGAUUUACUCACAGACAGACCAAUUAUUUGGCAAUAUGCUCUCAUUUUUAUUUAUUGUUUCUGUUAAUAUGUAAAUAUAAAUGGGUAAAAACUGGUACAAAUGAGCACUAUGAGAUGCGACUGUAAAGAUUUUUUUAAGUAUUUAUAUGUAGGACCAAACUGUUUUGUUGGUUAUGUGCAUGUCCUCAUUUGGUGAAGCUAUUCUGGAUUAAUUUUUUUGUUUGUUUGUUUUGUGUUUCGUACAAUUUGUUGGAGACAUUUGCAUGUAACUUAAGGCGUUUUUUGUUUGGCAAGUGUAGAAACCACCUUUUAAAGCUAUUUGUGGAAGAACAAAAAAAAAUG